GUCAAGUGCACUGUGUCACUUUUCAUGUGGCGGGUUCGCUACCUGCUGCACGUGUUAUGUCUUCGCCUGGAAAGUUCCUCAGUUCGUCCCCGUCCCUCGGUGUGUGCUUGUGGGCCAGUGGGCGGUGGCUCUGUCCAUGGUGCUGACGCUGCUCCUCUGGGAUGGUGGAGACUCUGAGCAUCGCGGUGAUCGGGGCUCCGGGCGUGGGCAAAACGUCCAUCAUCCGACAGUUCAUCUACCACGACUUCUGCGACGCCUACACGCCCACGCGCAGCCGCUACGUGUACCGGCCCGCCGUCAUCCUCAACGGGAGCAUGUACGAGCUCAAGGUGUUGGACGUGCCCCCCAUCACCGCCUUCCCCGCCAGCUCCAGCCAGGAGUGGCUGGACCUUCGCUGUCGGGGAGUCCGCAACGCCAACGCCUACAUCCUGGUGUACGACAUCUGCUGCGUGGAGAGCUUCGAGUAUGUCAAGAUGAUCCGCCAGCAGAUCAUGGACAACAGAGUUCUGGGUCGCAGUGAGGUGCCCAUCCUGGUGGUGGGGAACAAGCGUGACCUGCAGCGUCAGCGAUUCAUGCCACGCCGCGCCGUCUCCGUCCUGGUGAAGAAGACGUGGAAGUGUGGUUACGUGGAGUGCUCGGCCAAGUUCAACUGGCACGUGGUCCUGCUCUUCAAGGAGCUGUUGGGCAUCGCCGUGGCCCGCGGCGUCCGGCAGAACCACACCUCCAUCAGACUGCAGGGGGCGCUGCAGAGAAACCGCUGCACUAUCAUGUGACCCGCAGAGGCACCUGUACAACC